AUGCCUCUUCCUCGUGGUGUCUACCGCGCCGACCACGUCGGCUCCUUCCUGCGGCCCGCCGAGGUGCUGUCGGCGCGCGACCAGGCCGCCGACGGCAAGCUGACGGCCGCCCAGCUGCGCGAGGUCGAGGACAAGCACAUCGCCGCCGCCGUCGGCAAGCAGAUCGACAACGGCAUCCGCUCCAUCACCGACGGCGAGUUCCGCCGCGCCUUCUUCCACGUCGACUUCCUGCAGCACCUGUCGGGCGUCGUCUACGAGGGCAACAUGAGCUCGACCAACAUCUCCAAGCACGGCCUGACGCCGCCCCGGCUCAUCGUCAAGGGCAAGCUCGGCCACCCCAAGCCCAUCCAGGUCGACGACUUCAAGUUCCUCGAGGCCCAGAUCGCCCAGGCCGGCCUGACCGACAAGGUCACGGCCAAGGUCUGCAUCCCCAGCCCGACCAUGGUGCACUUCCGCGGCGGCCGCGACACCAUCGACAGCGCCGCCUACCCGACCAUGGAGCCCUUCUUCGAGGACCUCGUGCGCGUCUACCAGGAGGAGCUCGACGACCUGUACAAGGCCGGCUGCCGCUUCGUGCAGUUCGACGACACCAACCUCGCCUACCUGUGCGACCCCAACAUGCGCAAGCAGGCCGAGGAGCGCCACGGCGACGCCAACCAGCUGACCGAGCAGUACGCCGCCCUCAUCAACGCCGCCGUCGCCAAGAAGCCCGCCGACAUGGUCAUCGGCAUCCACCUGUGCCGCGGCAACUUCCGCUCCCAGUGGUUCGCCCAGGGCGGCUACGAGCCCGUCGCCGAGGUGCUCUUCCGCAAGCUCAACGUCGACGUCUACUUCCUCGAGUUCGACGACGCCCGCUCCGGCGACUUCUCCCCGCUGCGCUUCCUGCCCGAGCACAAGGUCGUCGUCCUCGGCGUCAUGAGCAGCAAGAAGGCCGACCUCGACGACAAGGCCGAGAUCGUGAACCGCCUCAACGAGGCCGCCAAGUUCUGCCCCAAGGGCCUCGACCAGCUGUGCCUGUCUCACCAGUGCGGCUUCAGCUCCACCGUCGAGGGCAACGAGCUGAGCGAGGAGCAGCAGUGGGCCAAGGUCCGCCUCAACGUCGAGAUCGCCAAGCAGGUCUGGGGCGAGGACACCUCUGUCUAA